AAGUAGACAGACAUCGCGGGCCAUGCUUGUAUAUAUUAAUGUCAUCAAGUUUUGCACAAUGGUUGAACUCAAUACAUUCCCAUUUUCCCAAUUUAUUUGAAGCUGGUUUCGCUUUCUGUCAAUGGAAUCCUAUCCUACCAAAAUGAACCAUGGUACAGAAAGUAAUGAGAAAAGAGACGAUGGGGCUGAUCCAGAAACCCAUAACAAAUACAAAGAGAUCAUUGCAACCCUCCCAAGAAGUAAUAGACGUCAUUGGAUAGUUGAUCUCUACCAGUAUGAAGGUUUUUGGUUCCCUUUACAACCUUUGGAAGGACUCUUGUUAGCUCAAGACUAUUUCAAGCCUCAGCCCAAUGAUGUGAUUCUGAGUAGCCUUCCAAAAUCUGGCACAACUUGGCUUAAGGCUCUGACUUUUGCCAUUUUGACACGAUCCUCUUUUGGUGAGUCUACAAACCCUUUACUCUCUAGAUUGUCACAUGACUGCGUACCAUUUUUAGAGCUGGAAAUUGGGUCAAACCCCCAAAAUUUCAAUUCAAAUAUUUCACUUGUGGCUACACACAUUCCUUACACUUCCUUACCAAAAUCUAUUAUAAGUUCUGGCUGUAAAAUUAUUUACAUAUUUAGGGAUCCAAAGGAUGUGAUUGUGUCUUUAUGGCAUUUUUCUCAAAAAUUGAGUCCUGAAGGUGUGCAAACCUCCACCACGGAAGAUCUUGAUUUGAAAGAGGCAUUUGAGUUGUUUUGUGAAGGAGUAUCUAUGGCCGGACCAUAUUGGAGUCAUGUAUUAGGGUAUUGGAGGGCAAGUUUAGAAUCACCCGAAAGGAUAUUGUUUAUAAAGUAUGAAGAUCUAAAGAAUGAGACCAUAUACUAUGUAAAGAAAAUGGCUGAGUUCAUGGGUUACCCUUUCUCUUUAGAGGAAGAAGUUAAUGGUGUGGUGCAAAAUAUUAUAAACUUAUGUAGUUUUGAGAAUUUGUCUAGUUUGGAGGUCAAUCAAAGUGGACCUAUGCAGUUUUUAUCGGGCUUGGUGGGUAAAAAUAAUGCUUUUUUUAGGAAAGGUAAAAUUGGAGACUGGAAGAAUCAUCUUACACCUGAAAUGGCGACACGACUUGAUCAAAUAACUGAGCAAAAGCUAAGUAGUUCGGGCUUGACUUUGCAUAUCUCAGCUAAUGCAUGAGGGGGGAUUCUAUACUCUUUUCAUGCCUGGCAUAUUUCAGUCUCAAAAUUGUUGAGUAUGGAAACUAAAUAAAGUGCGACAUUAGCCCAAGGUGGUACAAUCGUUUGCGAGUUACGGAGGUCAUUGGUUUGAAUCUACCAGUGCUUGUUUCACGAUUUCAAACAUCAUGACUAAUGGUUUUCAGUGCAAGAACCACCAGUAAGUUACUUGAUAAGGUUUGGUUGCUCCCUGUUUUUUCGAUGAAUUGGCUGAUUCCUGUUAGUUUGUUAUGUGAAGUGUCCAUGUAUUUUCUAGUGUAUUGUUGAAAUUGUAAGCUUGUACAUAAAGUGGAAUCGCAGUCCUACUUUUCUCUCU